AUGGCACGUCACCCAGAAUUUACUCAUCUUGAGGCUUCGAGACCACCGUUUGAUGCCGAGCACACUUGGCGCUACACACAAGUACCAGAUAUACAUUGGAAAGUUGGAUCGGGGGCCAAUAAUGAAGAAUGGAAGAACCACAAGAAAGUUGAAUUGAAUCCAUACGAAGAAGGAAGACCCGCUGCCAAUAACUACAAGACCUUAAUCAGUGCAAUCACGCCUAGGCCAAUUGGAUUUGUUUCUUCCAUUUCCAAAGAUGGUAAACGCAACCUUGCUCCUUUUUCAUACUUUAAUAUGGCCAAUCACGACCCUCCAAUAUUUACUUUGGGUUUCGCUGCUAGUGGGGACCAAAAGAAAGAUACCUGUAAUAAUAUUUUAGAGACUGGCGAAUUGACCAUCAAUAUUAUCAGUGAAUGGUUUGUUGAAGCUGCUAACUAUUGUGCCAUAAACAGUCCUUCCGGAGUUGAUGAGUGGAAGUUAUCAGGCCUAACUCCGGCUGAAUCCAAAUUGGUCAAACCUCCACACGUUGCUGAAUCCGCGUUUUCUAUCGAAGCCAAGCUAGUUGCUCACCACGUUUGGAAAUCCAAAACCGAUCCAACGAAGGAUACUGGUGUGUUGGUCAUUGCUGAAGGUUUGACUUUCCACGUUAGAGAAGAUAUCAUCAAUGAAGAGAAAUCGCAAUUGGAUAUUACCAAGUUGAAACCAGUCAGUAGGUUGGGCGGUAUUACUUAUGGUAGAACCAUUGAAGGAUAUGAGAAGCCAAGACCCAACUAUACAACCGAGAUUGAGAAGCCUGAAGUGAAGGAGUUCGAAAGUGUUGAAGAACAACAUCUCCAAGAACGUCGUGGGAUGGAAAGAAGAGUUAGCUCAGCUGAAGCAGAGUCUAUGGGUGAUUCACUCCCUACAGGGUUCAGAGCAGAAGGAUUCAACAACGGAAAACCUGAUCUUGGUGAAAAAGAAAAGAAAUGA